AUGCGUCCCUUUCCGAGAGCUGUAGUUGCACAAAAUGAAGCUAAAAAAGUAUUCAAUAAGCGACUAAGCAGAGCACGACGUGUUGUCGAAAAUGCCUUUGGUAUUUUGGCACAAAAGUGGCGAGUCUUUUUUAGACCUAUUGAAUUAGAAGUAGAUACUGCAGAACAUGUUGUCAAGGCAGUUUGUUGUUUACACAAUUAUCUCCGAAGUACCUCCACAAUUGAAAACGAACCAGAAGAAGAAGACGAUAUUUCACCUAGGUACUAA